AUACCUUAUACCUAGUGUAAUGUUAAUUGUUAACAAAUUACAUUCGAUUUCUCAAUAGUUAUCUGGUUUUUCGAUUUAUUUAUUUAUUUUUACAUUCAUAGUUGUAAGAUUUCAAAUAUUAGAAUAAUACAUUUACUGAAAUUUUGUGUGAAGUUUUAUCCUCUUCGCGAGUGUUUAUUGUCAAUCCAUAAAAUUUUAGAAAAGUGACUAGAGUGACUGUUCCUGUGGAUAUUCUUAUAUUUAUUCGCUAUAGCUGCACAAAUUGUGGUACGCGCCGCACGUCUCUUCUGCCCGAGCUGCAUUUGCUACAGGCUGAGACUCAAGUUACUCAACAAUCUACCGAUAUCAUCAAGUUCGGUGACGAGGUGGACAGUGGUGGCGGUGGCUCGACAGAAGUAAUGGUGUACUCUCUCGGCUGGGUCAUGGGCGAGCCGGAGCGGCGUGGCGCGGAGCGGAAACGCACGCAGCCGCCCUCCUCUGCGCAGACUCUGUCGCCAGAUGACGGCCACGAAGUUGACGUUCUCCCGCUUCACAAUCAGGUGGGCGGUCACACAAGAUUGUUAGUGUUAAACGACAGUACAGUAAUCAAGCCUCUCAACAUCCGGGAACUGCAUUUCUAUCAAAACAUUCCUGAAGACAUUCAGAACUUCGUCCCUAGAUACAAAGGCGUGAUGCAGGCUUCUCACAUGGGUGGCACGAAAUUGGAAAAGCGCUACUCGCCAUGUUUCCGCGACGAGAACGGACGCAAGCAGUCGCUGAGCGGGAAACGCAAGCGCGACGAUGUAUUCAAGUUUAAAGUACACAGAAAUGGCAAUGCUAGUGAAGUAUUAAAGAGCAUUGCGCAUAUAGACAAUUCUAAUAAGCAAUAUUUCCUGAUGAUGGAGAACAUAACGUCAUCGUACCGGCGGCCGUGCGUGCUCGACCUCAAGAUGGGCACGAGGCAACAUGGCGACGACGCGUCCGCCGAGAAGCGCAGCAAACAGAUCGCCAAGUGUGCCGCCAGCACGUCGGCUACUCUCGGCGUGCGGCUCUGUGGCAUGCAGGUGUACGUCCCCGAAACGGGUGCGUGCGUGCGCCGUGACAAAUAUUGGGGGCGGGGCCUCUCCGAGAGCGGACUGCGGGAGGCCCUUCGAGACUUCUUCGCCGCCGGAGACGCGCGGGACAAGGGCGUGCGGACGAGGGUCGUCAAACGAGUGCUGCGAGACCUGGACCUGCUGCGGCGGGCAGUUGCCAAGCAGACCAGCUACCGCUUCUACUCUUGCUCUCUACUAAUAGUUUACGAAGGUGACGUAACACAAGUGAGUGUGUCAACCGGGAUCUCUGCAUCAGAAUAUGAAGGAGACGCCUCGAGCAGCUCGGCGGAAAUGGCGCCGUCUCCCUCGCGCGGCCACUUUGACAUGUCUAAACUGAACGACCAGAUGCCACCGCAGACGUGCGAGCUCUUUCAGCACCAUUGCGAGGAGACAAUGGGCGGGUACGAAGAGGGAGAGACCGAGCCUCCGCCGGCCAGGCACCCGCCCAGUCCGGACUCGGCCGACAGCUGGAUGGCAUACUCGUCCGCCAGCAGCGAGUCGUGGCGCGCUGAGAACGAAACCGACACUGAGAGUGAAGGCAAACGCGCUCGGACCAAGUGCUCCUGGCCCACGUUCAUACCGGAACUGGAGGAGCGAGUCGACAUCCGCAUGAUUGACUUCGCGCACACGGCCUACGCCGACGCCGCGGCCGAGUCCCCGCUGGCCACGGCCACUCCGCACCACGGACCCGACUGCGGCUUCCUCACCGGCGUCGACUCCCUCAAGCGACUGCUGACUGAAAUACUACACCCUCCUCCGUACAGUUAAUAACCGACACUAUCUAAAGAAUUAACCCAUUUUGGAAUGGAUCGCGCGUUGCGACGAUCUCGGUGGCUGGGAAAGUGAAGAUUGAUGGACUCUGGUUCCUGCGGAGGUCAUUCAAAAUUGAUUGUGACUGAUUUAGUGAAGUGAUGUUAUAAAAAAGAACUUUUGUGUAUGUCAUUUAGCGCUGCCGUCAAGUUUGUAAAAAUUCGCCACCUUUGUAAAAAUUCAUCUCAAUGCACUUAGUGAAUGUUGGCAGUGCAGGAUGAUAGUACGGGAUCGAGCAGGGGUCUGGCCAGAGUAUUACUAUAUUUAUACAGAGUAUUACUUUAUUCCAGUUUGAAAUGCUUUUCUAUUUAUCCAUUUGCCGGAUAAGCGUUGUUUGAUUCUGUGUUUGUUCUACGAAGAGGAGACAUUUCCUGAUGCUGAUAGAGUACUUUAGGACCUAUCUGUGUGACUUGUGGCCAUCCACAUAUUUGACUUUCUAUUGCUUUGCAUUUAUAAUGUAGCUCCUUAUUUCAGUAAUAAUUUCUUCUGUAGUUUUCAAGACCUGCUAUGGAUAUGAUUUCUGAUAAAUUGAUGUUAGAUUCAAUCCAUUCUUAAAAUUUAACCUAAAAAAAUAUGUCCAAACCUGCUUAAACCUUGUAAGAUUCAAUUGGAAUUCAGAUGUAGGUUUCCUGUAAAUACAAGUGUUUAUUACAAAUUAUACUGAUAUGUAAAAAGUUAAGAUUAUUGUGAUUAAAUUUAAUUAUUUUGUUAUUUGUAGUGAGUAAAGUGUAUCUUGAUGGAAUUUUGAUGAUGAUGAUGUCAAGUAUUUAUUAAAAUAAAAAUAAUAAGUUAUAUUUAGGUACCACAUAUCUAAUGAAAUUAUAAAACUGUUGUAAUUUAGAAGAAUUUAUAUGUAACCGACCAUUUAAAUGUAAAAAUAGUUAUAAUGUUGACAUUAUCAUCAUGAUUCUAAAAUUGAUAAAGUGCAAGACUUUGUUUGAACUUUGUACUGUUAUGUAUAUUAAUAGUUGGAUGAACUAACAGUAUUAUAAUACAGUGGUGUCGGUGAUGAGUUAGGUUCGGUUCUGCUCCUCAUUAGUUUUGGUCAACAGGUGCUAUUGUUAUGUUCACACUGCCAAUGUGAAUGGUUGUAACUUGUGUGGGCCACUCUGGAAUGUUCCACCAUGUGGCUCAGUGUAAGUAACCUCUACUUUGAGCAAUCCACCACAUGUUAGCCAACAUUCCUUUGUGCUGCAUUCAUCUUUUGCGUUGUGUUUAUUUUUGUGGAAUGAUUCAUGAAGUACCUGGUUUAAUUAAGAUGCUAGGGUGUAUCAAAUUAUCAUUUAUCUUUGUCUGUUAUUUUAAAUAACUGUAUGACAUUAUUUUGUUAAAUAAAUUUUAGAUAUAUUGAAA